CAGGUAUUGUAUACUGGCCAACCCGCCGAACUAGAAGUCUCUCAAGGUCGAUUUUACGUGACAUAUAUAACUUGUGAAUGGAGAGACAAAAAUCUUUCGAAGUUUUAGAUUUCGAUGGUGAAUUCUUUAAGCAAAAUGAAAACAGUACCAUAGAAAGUACCGAGUUAAUUUCUGAUGGGGUUUCUCAUGAUGAAUCACGUUCUUAUACGGAGCUUUCGGAGUCUGACUAUUCAGAAAAUUCUCUCUCCGCUUCAAAAUCCGAUUUAAUAAAACUUGACUUUGAUCAAAACCAGACCAUUGUUGAACAAUCCUCUACAUCUCAUGAAGUAGAUAAAUCAUACUCCUCUUCCUCUUUCUCCAUGCCAUCCACCGAGAUGAAAGCAUCUGAUAUGCAUGACCAGUUACAAAUUCAACUUUCGAAAGACUUGGACACAAAUAUUUCCGAUCGAAUACGUUUCUACUUUCAUGAUUUUCUUCUUGGAAGUAUACUGUUUAGUUUAUUUCUAGGUCACAUGCUUUAUUCGGAACAAUGUAAUCGAAAGUACAUUGUUGAGACAAAAAGAAUUGCAGAAUAUGAAGUUGAACGUAUUCAACUACUAACAAAUAUUUCAGUCUUGUCUAGUGAAAUUUCGCGGAAGGAUACGAUGUAUGCAUAUUUAGAAACAAAGCAUAAACAAUUGAAAAAUAUAACACAUCAAUUACGUUUAGAUCUAUCUACAGUUACAGCGGAAUUACGCGAUCGAACAUCAGCUUAUGGUAAACUGAAGUUAGACUACAAACAUACGAAGGGAAAAAUGAGAAAAUUAACCAAUGAAUUAAAAAAAUUGAAAAUUGCUCUGAUGGAUUUGAAACGUUCUUCUCUAUUCUUCCCUGGUGCCAGAGUAAUCAAAGAUAUUUUAUGUAAAAUUUUAAGUAUUUGUCCUGAUUUAGAUGGAUAAUAUAUAAAAGCUACUUGUUGUCUAUCUCUUGUGUGUGUACGUGUGUGUGUGUAGACGUGACCACACAGUAGGUAGAUAAUCAUUCAUAGAGAAAUUUUUUUCAUUUCAGUUUCUUUCAUUAUUCAUUGCUAUGUAACAUUAUCUUGUCAUAUGGUUUUCUUCUUAAAAGUUACAUUAUUGUAUUACACUGUUAUUUCAUAGCUCUCACCACAUAUAUAUCAGCAUAUAUAUAUAUAUAUAUAUAUAUAUAUAUAUAUAUAUAUAUAUAUAUAUAUAUAUGAUAACGGUUCGUUUGUCAUCUUUAUCUUACAUUCAAGUGAGUUUAUUGAAGCCAUUUUGUCAAAUUAUUUUUGCUUGUUACACAAUUAGUUGUUAUUGUUGUUUUUUUAAACAGCAUUUCAAUUAUUACAAUAAGAAUUGAAAAAAAAGAGAGAAAAUAAUAUAUAUUUAUAUGCA